CGUUAAACAAAAUUCCCAAAACAUUUUUCCCGUUUUUUAAUCGACAAAAGAAAUUCCGCCAUUCUCUUCCGUCAUCCUCCUGUUAAUCCACCAAAAUUGCAGUAUUUUCUCCUUCGCAUUUUGAUUGAGGUGGUAGAAGGUUGUGUUGAUGUCAUGGAUAAGAUCGGCGAUGAACAAAGCUGCCGAAGUACCCGGCGGCGCCAUAUUAAAAGCCGCUGUCCGUACUUACGCCGAUUCCUUCGUCCAACACGCCGGCUAUUCUGUUUCCGGUGCCGCCAGAAUUUUUCAAGAUCGCAUUGCUUCUCGGAACAUGAAAAGCUUUAGUGAAGCAGCUAGAAGGCUUGAAGAAGCUUCUGUUUCUUGUAAACGGGAAGAUAGAGUUCAGUUGCUAAGAAGGUGGUUAGUUUCUCUAAGAGAAUUUGAAAAACUAGAUGGAAGUCUUGUUGAGAUUGAUGGGAAAAGUUCUGAGGAUCCUAGUUCACCAAGCGAUAAGAAUGUUACUCCUGGAAAAUCAACUAUGAUUCUAUAUUAUGACCCUGAUCUUGGUAGCUCACCUAUGAAUUUCCGUGAUGUUUUUCUUCAGAGUCAAGCUCUUGAAGGCAUGACAGUGUCUAUGAUUCUUGGAGCACCAAAUGAGGAGGAAAUUUUGUUAAUCCACGAAAUAUUCGGAUUGUGUCUAGUAGGAGGGAGGGAAGUCCAUGAUGUAGUUGUGAAAAAUAUUCAAGAUCUGGCAAAAGCAUUCUCACUUUACGAUGUUGAAAUGCUGGUAAGAAGGGAAGAAUUACUUCAGUUUGCGCAAACUGCAAUCACUGGGCUUAAAGAAACUGGUGACAUAGCACGAAUAGAUUUUGAAAUCUCACAAAUACAUCAACGAUUGAAUAGCAUGAAAUGCAAUUCUUCUGAGGCAACAAACACUGCAUCAUUAAUGGAAAUUGAAGAACCUGUUACACAUAUUCAGUUGUGCUGCAGAUUGAAGUCACUUUUACUGAAGAAACAAUUGUUGAGAUACGGGGAUACAAUAGAGACUCAUGCUCAGAAAGUUGAUAUAUUAAAAGUUCUAGUAGAAUCUCUUCAUAACUCAGCCUCCAAAACAGAAAAGCGAAUUUUGGAGCAGAGGGAAGAGAAAAACGAAGCCCUUACUUUUCGUGUAGCUAGAAGCAAUGAAGUCAGCCAAAUUGAGAAGGAGUUGGGAGCUGAAAUUAGUGAGCUUGAAAAGCAAAGAGACAAAAUUGAAGCUGAAUUGAGAGAGGUUAAUAGCACAUUGUCGGUUGCAUAUGCUCGUCUCCAACAUGCCAGGGAAGAAAGGUUCCAGUUUGAUGAAGAUAACAAUGAUUUUAUUCUACUCUUAAAGGAAAAGGAGGAUGAACUCUCAAAUACAAUUGUUUCAUAUAGAGCUGAAGCGGAUACUUGUCAUGCAUUUGUUAACUUUCUAGAAGCUACUUGGGCUUUCCAGUCCUCAUAUGUGGAAGAAAGGGACAAACUGGUCAAUGAUCAAUUGCAGGAUCAUGAAGUAUAUUUUGUAAAUACAACUAUUAGUUUCUUAUCUGCUUACAAGGAUCAACUGCCACCUGCUAUUGCCAAUGUGAGGAAGCUUGAGGAGAGCUUGAAAGGGUUUCGGAAAAUAAUCGAUCCAGAUGAAGAGUUCUUGCAAGAUAUCAAGAAAAGGGAAAAUGUUGAGCAGGAAUAUCUUGAUGCAGAAGUCAAGGUUAUAAACAUCUUUGAUGCAGUGGAAAGCAUUAAAGACCAUUUCUACACUACAAUCGAUGAUCCUUCUAGGAAAGGUGUUGAAGUGAUCACGGAGUUAUUAGAAGCAAUUGAAAAGUUAAAAAUCGACUUCAAAAUCAUAAAAAGACCAAAUCUAAGUAUCGAGAAAGUAACCGAGGGUGAACACACCCCAACAACAGGAGGCCCUGAAGGAGUUAUGGUUCCACCUCCUAUACGUGUCAUGCCGGAUUUUAAAUCCAUUUUUGCUCAGAAAUUGUUGAUCAAGUCUCCUAGACAAAAACCAUAUAUACCCUUAGGCGCCUCCCCAGAAAACUCUCCUUUUUCAACCAAUGAAAGAAAAACAUUUGAGUAUCAGACUGAAAAAGAUGCAUCAAAUCCCGCUUUGGUCUUUGACGACGAAACCUUACACCAAAAACCAACUGUAAAAAGUGAUCAAGAACGCCUUACGUUAGACUCUAGCGAUGAAAUACCAAAAAUACCCUUGACAGAUCAAGAAUCUGGUGAAACAUCUCAGUUUUCGCUAGGUGAUGACUUGGAGUCUCUAGACUCUAAUGAGGAAAUGCCAGAAACGACCUCAAGAAUUGAGAAAGAGAUGUCGACCAACUAAAUGAUUUGAUAGAUGAGGACUUUUUGUCGUAAAAAUGACAAAAUUACCCCUGGGGAGGGUGCUAGCUUUGAAAGUAAUUAAGAAAUGCAAAGCUUGUGAAUAACAUACAUACAUACACAAGGUAUACCUUAACAUUUUACAUCAGAUAUUAAAAGAAAUUUAUUUUCAUUUUGUUUGUUAUAUAUAUAGUCAGGCUUAAAGUUUUGAGUUUUCAGAUUAUUGCUAAGUGUGCAUUUGUUCUGAAUAAUAUGUAAAUGAAAUGUUUUCAAUAUAUUAUAUAGCAAAAGAACAUCAUUCGUUUAGUGUUGUAAAAUGAAAUUCGGUAUUCUGGC